CGGAAUCACCGUGGGCCUGGCUUUCAAGCUUGGUUGCGAAGAGCCAUCACCGCUGUGAGAACUGACUUACUGCCUAGCUGAGGAGACAUCAGGACGGAUACCAUAUCCUACCACACCUCUUCUUCUCCAAGCAGCCCCCCUCGCCUGUUGGAUACUGUUCAGGAACUUUUUGAAACUUGUCAACAUUAUAUAUUUGUUUACCUUUUAAAACGGAAUGGAUUUUGAAAAGACCUAACCUGGAUGGUUUGCUGUCUUGUUAAAAACCUACUGUUGGAGUUUGCCAAGUUUUGAGGAGGUUUCAUCAAGUCUUUUUGGAGGGGAACUAACUGAAAGCCGAAAUAUGGAUCAAGCCAGCGGCGGGGAGGACCCGAAUAAACCCUCUAAAAAGAAGUCCAACGAGGACGAGGGUAAAAACAAAAAGCUGAACAUACAUAUAAAAACAUUGGCUGAUGAUAUGCGUGACCGCAUUACCAGUUUCCGGAAAACGGGGAAUAAGAAGGAGAAGCCCCUUAUACAGCACUCAACACAGCACUCCUCAGAUCCCCUCUUUACCCAGGUGGAAAUGCCUGUUCCUCAGCCCCUUUUUGACGACCGCUCUAUGAACCUCUCGGAGAAGGAGAUCAAUGACCUCUUCGAGAAGAUGAUGGAGGACAUGAACCUGAAUGAAGAACGCAAAGCCCCUCUGCGUGGAAAGGAAUUGAGCACCAGACGAGAAAUGGUGGUCCAGUACAUCUCCGCCACUGCCAAAUCUAUAACUGGAAGCAAAGUUCCGGGUGGACUUAGGAACAGCAGACAUGAGAGUACACUUUCCUCCCAAGAAUAUGUCCACGAGCUGCGCUCUGGCAUCACAGAAGAAAAGCUGCUCAACUGCCUGGAGUCGCUCAGAGUGUCUCUCACAAGUAACCCUGUCAGUUGGGUUAAUAAUUUUGGUCAUGAGGGUCUUGGUCUUCUGCUGGAAGCGCUGGAGAAGCUGCUGGAUAAGAAACAGCAAGAAAAUAUUGAUAAACGGAACCAACAUAAGCUUAUCCAAUGCUUGAAGGCUUUUAUGAACAACAAGUAUGGACUGCAAAGGAUCUUGGGAGAUGAGCGGAGCCUGCUGCUGUUGGCUCGAGCCAUUGACCCAAAACAGACCAGCAUGAUGACAGAGACCGUCAAAAUUCUGUCUGCUUUCUGUAUUAUUGGAGAGGAAAACAUCCUGGAUAAGAUUCUAGCUGCCAUGACAAUUGCUGCAGAGAGGAACAACAAAGAGAGAUUUGCUUCGAUUGUGGAAGGACUGGAGAACCACGAAGCCCAGCAGCUCCAGGUCGCCUGCAUGCAGCUGAUCAAUGCGCUGGUCACCUCCCCCGAUGACCUGGACUUCCGGAUACACCUACGCAACGAGUUCUUGAGAUGUGGCCUCAAGAAGAUCCUACCUGAGCUGAAAGAGACAGAGGAGCUCGACAUUCAGCUGAAGGUGUUCAAUGAGAAUAAGGAGGAGGACUCCAUCGAACUCUCACAUCGCCUGGAAGACAUCCGCGCUGAGAUGGAUGAUAUGAAUGAAGUAUACCACCUCCUGUCCAACAUGGUGAAAGACACUGGAUCAGAGACCUACUUCCUGUCAAUUCUUCAACACCUUUUGCUUAUCAGGAAUGACUAUUACAUCAGGCCUCAGUAUUACAAGGUGAUAGAAGAAUGCGUGUCCCAGGUGGUUCUGCAUCGCAGUGGGAUGGACCCUGACUUUGGCUACAGUAAACGAUUGGACGUGGACUUCACCCACCUGAUUGAUCAGUGUGUGGAUAAAGCCAAAGUUGAGGAGAGUGAGCAGAAUGCUGCAGAGUACUCCAAAAAGUUUGAUGAGGAGUUCAGUGCACGGCAGGAGGCCCAGGCCGAGUCUCAGAAGAAGGAAGAGAAGAUCAAAGAGUUGGAGGGGAAAAUCCAGGCCCUGGAGUCCCAGUUAACUAUUGAAAAAGACAAGCUCACAGAGGCUCAGAGACUCAUCAGUGAAUCUGAAGCCAAGAUUGCAGCGGGUCCAACUGCGGCCGGACCCCCACCUCCACCACCUCUUCCAGGGGGUGCAGUGGCCCCCCCACCUCCUCCACCACCUCUACCUGGUGGCUGUUUUCCCCCUCCACCACCUCCUCCUCCUCUCCCUGGUCAUGCUUCGAUACCACCACCACCACCUCCACCGGGUGGAGGACCUCCACAGCUAGUGUUCCGCUACCUUGCCACCGUUCACCUCCUGCUCUUCAUCACGGUCAUCAGCUUGUAUACUUGGCAACCAGUCCGCGGGCCUCCACCCCCUCCCUCAUUGCCUGUCAUCAAGCUGCCUUACGGACUGUUGGCCAAGAAAACCUACAAGCCUGAGACCGUGAUGAAGAGAGUGAACUGGACCAAGAUAGUGCCUCAGGAAAUGGCAGAGAAUUGCUUCUGGAUCAAAGUCAAAGAAGAGAAGUUUGAGAGUCCUGACCUAUUUGCUCAGCUCUCCCAGUGCUUCUCCUCGCAGAGCAAAGUCCAGUUGGCCAAUUCUGUGCCGGGGAAGACGGGAGGCUUUUUGUGA